UAAGUAAAAAUAAUGAUAAAUAAAUUUGAAAUUCUCUCAAACUCACUAAACUGCCCUAAAAUGUAUCAAUAUAUCAAUAAACAAUUUAGUUGAAAAGCAUGAAAUUGUUGAAAGCAGGAGCAAAUUUGAUUAAAGUAGAACAACAGUCUAGAAAUCUCUGGUUAACCCAAAACGCCUAAAAACCUGUUCAAACUAAAACUCUAAUUUACUUCCACAUACCAUACAUGCAACCUUCUCCACUACCACACAUUCUCAAAUCCCAAUCCCACUAUGUCAAUAGUCCCCGCCCCACAACCCGACGGACCUCUCUUCGCCGAGGUCGACAUGGGUGGCGACGCUUCCGCCCCCACCGUCCGAGCUACCGUGGUCCAAGCUUCUACCAUUUUCUAUGACACCCCCGCUACUUUAGACAAAGCGGAGAGGUUGUUGGCUGAAGCCGCCGGAUAUGGGUCUCAGCUAGUGGUGUUCCCUGAAGCGUUUAUCGGCGGAUAUCCACGCGGCUCCAACUUCGGCGUUACCAUUGGGAACCGCACUGCUAAAGGGAAGGAAGACUUCCGGAAAUAUCACGCUUCGGCCAUUGAUGUUCCUGGUCCUGAAAUCGAGCGUUUGGCGGCCAUGGCUGGAAAGUAUAAGGUUUACUUGGUGAUGGGUGUGAUAGAGAGAGAUGGAUACACUCUAUAUUGUACGGUGGUGUUUUUCGAUUCUCAAGGUCGGUUCCUGGGGAAGCACCGCAAGAUCAUGCCGACGGCAUUGGAGCGCAUAAUUUGGGGGUUUGGAGAUGGAUCCACAAUUCCGGUUUUCGAGACUCCCAUCGGGAAAAUAGGGGCUGCCAUUUGUUGGGAAAAUAAAAUGCCACUUUUAAGAACAGCAAUGUAUGCAAAAGGCAUUGAAAUAUAUUGUGCACCAACCGCUGAUUCCAGGGAUGUGUGGCAAGCAUCAAUGACCCAUAUAGCUCUUGAAGGCGGGUGUUUUGUGUUGUCAGCCAACCAGUUCUGUCGGAGGAAAGACUACCCACCUCCUCCAGAAUAUCUGUUUUCCGGGACAGAAGACGAACUCAAUCCAGAUUCUGUCGUCUGUGCCGGUGGAAGUGUCAUUAUAUCACCAUCUGGAGCUAUUCUGGCUGGACCCAAUUACGAUGGGGAGGCACUUAUAUCAGCAGAUCUAGAUAUGGGAGAAAUUGCACGGGCGAAAUUCGAUUUCGAUGUGGUGGGCCAUUAUUCAAGACCAGAAGUGCUUAGCUUGAUUGUGAGAGACCAUCCAGCAAAGCCAGUUACUUUUACAUCGGCAUCUGAAAAAACUGAAGACGCUUAUAAGUUGCUGUGAUCUUAAGUUAUACGCAUUGGGUCCCUCGUAAUCAGAUGAAUAAAAGUUGUAUAGCCACCAAUUGUAGGGUAUUGGAAUGCAUCUCUCUUUCAACAGAUGACCCCUUUGUGCUCGUGUUCAUCCAUCCCCUCUGUAACUAAUGAUACAGAACCUUGAUUCUGCGAAUUUCCCUUCAUUUUAUGCCGCUACUUUUUACUGUCCA